AUGGACUACAACCAGCAUCACCACCCGUCAAACUCAAUUGACAACGCCGCAUAUCCCGGAGACUCGAGCUACCAACCCGGCGGCCACCCCUCCAACUCCAUCAGCAAUGCCGCCUACCCUUCAGACUCAGCCUACCGGCCGUCUGACCCGACGAUGCCCACCGACGAUAAGCUCGCUAUGCCUAAUGCCCGUUACUCCCAAUCCUACAACAACAAUCGCAAUGCCGGUCCCGGCGCCGCCAACAGCAGCGGCAGUACACAAGCACAAGCGCAGUUUCCGCCCUACCCAACCAAUGCUCCAGCACCUUUCCAGCAGUCGCCAGGUUGGAACCAGCCGCCGAACCACGAUCCGUUGUACUCUCCCGCUCGUGGGCCCAUAGCACCGUGGACCCCGGAUGGCAUGUCCGCCGCGAACCCUAACCUCCCGCCGCCACCGCCGUACGACCCCUCGAGGCCAGGCACGGGGACCACCAACCCCUCGACGCCCCGUGAUCCGAUAUCACCAAACCCGUCAGAGAGUGCCCUUCUCAGCGGACAGCAGCAGCAGAAUGCGGCGCACGCCCCGCAACCUCAGAGUAACUACGCCAGUACUCCACAACAAGCUCCCUCACCGGCGGCAGCUCACGUAAGCGACGCGGCGCCGGGACAAGGGGAACGGAGCGGGCCACGCGCCUAUUUGCAAUCGAUGACGGGUGGGAUGCCGGCGUAUGGCAAUAGUCCAGGACAACUUGGCCCGGUGGCGCAAGCGAGGAAGAAGAGAAAGAUGAAGCUUGGUAUUCUCGCUGGCGUACUCUGCGCUGUCUUGGUGUUCCUGAUCGCAUUGAUUGUGGGUGUGCUGGUGGGCAUUGUCAAGGUCAACCAAAAGGAUGACAAGCCGCCUCCGUCUAACGGACCGCCGAGGCUCUUUUAA